AUGGUUAUCUCGUUUGGGCGAAAGGACUUCGAUGCUGACUUGAUGUGGGCUUCGCUCUGUUCGUCCUACAGUGCCGGCUUCCUUCUGACGUGCUCCACUGGCCGCGGGGAGGAGCUCAGGUCUGAGGUUGGCCUGGCGCCGAACCACGCCUACUCCCUUAUGGCAGUCCACGAGGUCACCACCGCGGAGGGUCAGGUGCGACUGCUCCAAAUUCGCAACCCGCACGCGCGCUGCGCAUGGAAGGGGGCCUGGUCCCAGCGGAGCGGCAACUGGACACCGGAACUUCGCUCGAAACUCCGGUACCCAGCCGAUGAUGAUGCUGGCAUGUUCUUCAUGGCGAUGCCCGAUUUCAUCAUCUACUUCGACCAGUGCACCAUCUGCCAGAUCCAUGGCACGGAGUGGUGCGAAGCGCGCGUGGCGGUGCCGCUGCCAUCACAGGAGGUGCCACGCUCGGGGCUCGCUUUGGAGGCCUGUGGUGCCACUGCGCAAUGCCUUGUGAGCCUGGCGCAGCCGGAGGAGCGAGCUCGAGGCGGAUAUUUCUACAACCAUCUCUUCGAGCAGCUUGCGAGUAUGGGCCUCGUGAUCCUCAACAUGAAGACUCAUCCCCCUUCCCUUGUUGCUGCCAGCGGUCUCAAGAACCGGGGCGUCGUGGGCACAGACUGCUGGCUGCGGCCUGAGGACGAAUACCUCCUAGUUCCCAUGUGCUUGAAUUCUGGUUCUUCCCUAAGUGCUGCAGUGGCGGUGAUGAGCAGCCUGCCGGUGGUGGUAGAAGAGCGCUCGUUGGACCGCCAAGCCGUGAUGUUUGCAUGGGCGGCAUACGCCAAGAGUGGAAAGCCAGCGGAUAAGAGCUCUUUGAACGGCGCUGAUCUGUACAUCCGGAUCUCCGAAGGCCUCGUCGUUUUGGCGGAAAACCGCUCACGCGGCUACAUGCAUGUGGAGCUGACCUGCGAAAGCAGCAGUCUCCAGUUCUCUCGAGGUCUGUGUGCAACUGUGGAUUGCAUCGCCCCUGGCUAUGCCCAGCUUCUGCAGGUGGCCCUGCCGUCGGAGGCGGGUGCAUCAUGGAGCUUGUCGCGGCGCCGCUGGGAGGACGCAUGGGAGGACAAGGGCAGCGGCCGAAUGUCCACCACCAAGGAAGGCUUUGGCUUCGUUGUCUUGCAUGAGCUGAGCAAGAUGACCGGCAUGGACACGGUCCCGCAGAUCUUCGUCGGUGGCACCUUCCUUGGUGGAUGUGAAGAGCUCCAGCGGCUGCAGCAGUCGGGACGAUUGAUCCAGCAAAUAGAAUCCGCGGUGCAGGCUGCAAAGAAAAGGGUGAUCAUGUGCUUGAGGAAGAGGAUUCCUGUGCCACUGCUAAGUGGCGCACAAGCAUUCGUCAACCUGCCACUGUUUUUAGAUCUCGGGACUUGUGAUUGA